AUGUUUCGUUUAGGAGCUACUCAAGCUGCACGUUCAGCUCAAGGAGUAAGGUAUGUCCCGAAUUGAGACAGAAACAACGUGGAUGAAGGACUCAACCAACUCUGGACUCGCUACGGAGGGAUGGACAGAGAGAGGGGUGCCACAGUUUCAAUUGAUACUAACUACUUGUCCGUUUCAUAGAACAUAUGCCACGUUGCGUGAAAUUGAAAACCGUCUCAAGUCCAUCAAGAACAUUGAAAAGAUCACCAACACCAUGAAGAUUGUUGCAUCGACGAGAUUGAACAAGGCCCAAAGAGCUAUGCAGGCAUCCCGUGUCUUCAACGAGUCCGACACCGAGUUCAUCGAAAACGCUGACCCGAAAGCACUUGAGCAAGAAGGCGCCGAGGGCCAAGCAGCCAAGCCCGAAAAGACUUUGCUCGUUGUGGUGUCUUCCGACAAGGGUUUGUGUGGCUCGAUCCACUCGCAAAUCUCCAAGGCUGCCAGAAAAAGAGCUGCUGAAUUGAACGACAAUGUGGAGAUUGUCGCCAUUGGCGACAAAGUCAAGACCCAGUUGUCGAGAACCCAUGCUGCGCAAUUGAAGUUGGCCUUUAGCGGUGUUGGUAAAGAAGCACCCAAUUUCAUCGAAGUUGCUUUGAUCGCCGACGAAAUUGCAAAAUUGGGCACUUUUGAAAACACCGAAAUCUUGUACAACAAGUUUGUGUCUGGGGUCUCAUUUGAGCCUUCCAAGUUUUCAGUCUUUGCUGCUGACGCCAUCCAGAAUGCUCCAGGUAUCAACAAGUACGAGUUGGAAAGCGAAGAUGCGUCACAGGUCUUGUCUGAGUUUUCCUUUGCCAACAACUUGUUGUCUGCCAUGGCUGAAGGUUACGCUUCUGAAAUCUCCGCUAGAAGAAACGCCAUGGAUAACGCUUCAAAGAAUGCCGGUGACAUGAUUACAAGUUACUCGAUUUUGUACAACAGAACCAGACAGGCUGUCAUUACUAACGAGUUGGUUGAUAUCAUUACCGGUGCCUCGUCUUUGGAAUAG